AUGUCGUCUAGAUAUGGAGUCCCAGAGGACGUCCAAGAAUACUUCGACUCACCAGAAGAAGUGCGAUCAAGUGCUGGUAUUUCAACAAACACUGGAAUUCGUGCCACUCGUCCCGAGGUUACGCGAAUUCAACCGACCAAAGGUCAUAUGGCUAUUACCAGACUUUAUGAAUUAGGCCACUUGAAAUAUCUAAUUUCGCAGAACAUCGACGGAUUACAUGUUCGAAGCGGUAUUCUACUUACUGGAGGAAAUUUAAAAUUCGUGAAGCAUACGAUGUCCACACUCACCAAACUUCGCAUCGAUGCAAUUAUUGUGGCCGUAAGAAACUCGGAAUUUGUGAGAAACUCUUCAAAAAGCCUACAUACAUUCUCACUUAUGCGAUCUUCAUGUUGUGCUUGGCUCGUCUUUGACUUAAUAGUCAACUUGCAGAAGACAUCGUUAGAUAAAGGAUACGACCAAGUCAGAGAUCUUGAAUUAGAUAGAUCGUUUAACGAGAUGAUAAUAUUGCCAAAUGCGACUC